AUGGCGCCGGAUGUGGAUUACUUUUAUCCAUGACAAAAUUGUUAUUUUGUCUCCAUAAAUGAGGGCAAAUAAUGUAAAAUAUGAAACCAGGAGAUGGGAAAAGACAGAGAUGCUUCUGAUAGGACAGCUUCUGAUAAUUUUUGCUUAAAAGAGAGGGUUUUUUGCCGGUAAUAUUAAAAUUGCCACGACACGGAACGUUCAUCUUAAUUGAUCAUGGGUCACGUUCGGCGUAAAUUAUUUGGGUUUGAGCAACUAACUACUGCUGUGAAAACAUUUGGACUUGUCCUUUUCUUCUACACCUUUUCCAUCAGCUUAACGUUCUAUAAUAAAUGGAUGAUGAAGAGAUUCCACUUUCCAUUGUCAGUCUCAGUAACCCACUAUACACUUGUAUUUCUGUUGGCAUCCAUGGCUCGCUAUUACUGGGAGAUAAAGACUGGAAAAAAGAGAGUCAUCCUUACUUGGGAAGAUUACCUGAAAAGAGUCUUGCCAACUGCUAUAGCAAGUUCCCUUGAUAUAGGAUUCUCUAACUGGAGCUUGAUGUUUAUCACAAUAUCUCUGUACACUAUGACAAAGUCCACAAGUAUAAUUUUUAUACUUGUAUUUGCAUUAAUAUUUAGGAUAGAGAAAUGGCACAUGUCUCUGAUGGCCAUUGUAUUACUGAUAUCUGGAGGAUUAUUCUUGUUUACUUACCAGUCUACACAAUUUAAUACUGAAGGAUUUAUAAUUUGUUUGACAGCAUCAGCACUCAGUGGUGUGAGAUGGACAUUGACACAAAUUAUAAUGCAAAAAAACAGUUUGGGACUUCAUAACCCAAUUGAUACUAUCUACCACUUGCAGCCUUUGAUGGUGAUGACUUUAGCACCUUUAGCAUUUUACAUGGAAGGUCAUCGUAUGGUGUUGUCUCCCCACCUGUUCAAUGCACCUAAUCUUGGUGUUGCAUUAUUAUCUGCAUUGAUGGUGUUUAUUGGAUGUUUUUUGGCUUUUAUGCUGAGCAUCUCAGAAUUUCUCCUUCUUGCUCAUACAUCUAGUCUUACAUUGUCAAUAUCUGGGAUAUUUAAGGAAGUAUGUACACUGUCUCUAGCAGCAGAGUUUACAGGGGACAAAAUGAAUGCUCUCAACUUUGUUGGACUUGUCUUGUGUUUGUCUGGUAUUGGUGUCCAUGUUGUCACUAAGGCAACCAAAGACUCCAAUGAUAAAGAUAUGAAGGUAAAGUAUGAAGAAGAAGCUGUUGAAAUGUUACCACAAGCAGAAACAGAUGAUAAUGAUAUUGAUGAAUAUGAACUAAAUACUAAAUAUAAAAGGCAURUAUCCAGGUGAUAAUGUCAUUCAACAAAAGAACUGAAAUGAUAAUAUAAUGUAAUUUAGUUGUGUACAACUAAA